AUGGUGAAAUUUCAUACAUAUAAGAAAAUCAUCAAGGUCAACUGUUGGAUAGGUCCUCGCUUAGAUGUUUCAUCAUUUUUGCUCUCGUCUCUCAAUAAGCCUGAUUUUGCAUCUCUAGAGAGAACGAAGGACAACCAAUUCAUGGACAUGUCAACUCGAUAUCGGUACUAUGGUAGCACUCGCUCAGAAGCUAUCCCGUGCUUUUCCAAUAUUGUUUUUAUCGUUUUGCUCAGCCGUCAUUUUGUAGAAAGAGCAAUGGUAACCGUUUACAAAUCCUAA